AUGCUUGAGUCGGGGAAGUUUUGGGGUAAUACUACAGCUCGUGCUACCAAGUACGUGUACAUUCGCGCGCUGGCUCGCUUUGUGGAUUGGCUAUAUGGUCAUACAGACGACAGCCAUCGUGUGGUGCUCUUCACGCGAUCAUUUCUUGAACUUGAACAGAUUAACAACGACCACAAGUGGUCCAAGGCAGUAAUGAACGCAUUUCGCGAGGGCAAGGAGCCCUUUUCGUUCUCGAUGCAGACAGGUAGUCGAAGAUGUAUCGGUCGCAAAAUGGAAUGA